AUGUCGUCGUCGCUGCCCAUGGCGACGAGCGAGCAGCAACGUCCCCCUUCACUUCGAUCCGUUGGGAGUAGUUCUAGUAUAGCCAGCGGGGUCAGUCUUUCGCGUCGCCCAAGGACUCGCACUCGUUCUCGAACAGUCACAGGAGGUCAAAGUCCUCUCCCGGACGCCACUUUUACUCGGGCCCAGGAUAGUGACAUGCCGUUUCUUGCCAACCAAAUGGUGACGGAGCCUCAAUCUGACAUUCUCGGCAGUCCACACGAUUUUGAUUCUCAACCACCUGCACGUCCAGCUCGUUCACCCCAUCGGCCUGUUUCUACGGACGCGCAGCUAUCAGAUACGACUGGUUUGGUUGAAGGAAACCACGAGGACAUUUGUGAUUCUACGGGAAAUUCAGUCGAAGGGUCCCCUGAGACCGCGAUGCCGCAAACGUUUCAGCAGUCUUCAUUACCAUCAGACGCAGUAUCCCCAGCCUCGGCACCUUAUCCCUCGGCAUUUGUGAAAUCUGGUCCAGAAGCAGGCGUGAAUGCGCGCGACUCCAUGCUAUCUAAUUUUACCCAGCAAACGGGGACCUCUACCUCUCUAUAUCCUCCUUCAACGUCCACCGUGUCGGGAACAGAGUCUCCGCCUUCUCCCCGAUCUAUAGUGGAAACGGGAGAGAACGUUGACGUUCCGGUUAUUGAUGAUCUCCAAGAGUACGACGAAGACGAUGUUUCCUACCGUCUGCGCCUGCUGGUCAAGAAUAACUACUUCCUUCCACCGGCGCAUUCCAAACCCUCUGCUUCCGACUUCGCCUCGGUGCCCAGUACACCUAAAAAACCAGCGUCCCCAACAUUUCUAGACCUUUUCCGUGUGGGAAAGUCAAAAUCUAAACCCACUACACCAGUGGGUCCUAGCCCGCUACCUGAUGUAUUGAUGCCUGCGCUUAGAACGGCCUCGGACUCUACCACUGCUUCCGGCUAUUCCCAAUAUGCUCGACCACGGUCGUCGUCCCAUACUCCGCGUUCACGGCACCACGGAAGUAAUCCUCAAGGCAGAGUUGUGGUUGUACGAGAGAAGCUGUCAGACCUUGUUGGUGCGGCGAAGCAGGCUGAGCAAGACAUGAAGGCGCGUGGGGUUAGACGCGACCAGGGUUCGCAGAGAGGGAAUCAAGCAGUUUUCGACGACGUUAUUGAUCCUACAGAUGCCGUGGACCUUCCUCUUCCUUCGUCUAAGUAUCCAUUUGCUGUUCAAGCGUCAGCUCUCCACGGCCUAGGUGUGCAUGACUCCGUGGGGGCGGCGCUAUUGGCCGAUCGCCUUCCCCCACCAGUGAGCCCUGGAAUGUCUUCUCUCGAUCCAGACGAUGAUUGGAGAAAAGCUUUACUCAAAGCGGCUGUCGGUCAUUCUCUGGAUAAUCUAAAUUUACAUGCAAGUUCUCCGACGUCUCCCGCCUCUCCCAUGUCAGGGGCGUCGUCACUCACUCCUCCACGUAUGUUGGGCCAGAGAAUUAUUUCCAAUCCCGUCAUUCUGGAAACCACUAUGGACUCGUCAUUGUCAAGGCCGAAAUCAUCCCGCAGUCGAGCUUCCCGUCGUGGGCAAGGCCGUGAGCUCUCAUCUCACGAACCCCUUCCGGACAGCAGACCGAGCUCGCUGCCUCUCCGGGCUGAAACACCGCUUCCUCUCACUCCCCUUGCGCCACCUCCACGCCGAAUCAUCAAUCCGCUGUAUUCGCUUUCUCAGGCUGAUUUGGGUGCUCCGCAGCAGUCUCUACCACCCCCAAGACCUCCAGUGACUACCUCGGCUGCUCAAGUUGUGCGAAAAAGCAUGUCAUCAUCCGUGCUGCUGGAGGCUUAUGAAACCGGAGUAGGUAGGAUGUUAACUAUGACACCUCCUCCAAUACCAAUGGAGUUACGAGAGUCAAGGGAGGAGCGGGAGUCCGACCGAGAAAGUUCUUUCGAGACCAGUAGAGAGCGAUUGGUGACAAGUGUGCAUACAGAGUCUCUGUAUAGCGAAUACGACCGAGAACGCGUCCAUCGUUCAUCAACUUCGUUGUCAGACUACUCGCAACCUUCACCGACAGCUUCAGCGUUCCAAGAUGCUUUGACUAGCGUCAGCAGUCACUCGCGAAGCACCCUAUCUCACGUUCCUUCAUCUGAACAGCCUGUAAUUCUGAGUCGAGCUAGCACUGUUCGCGCACAAGCAGUCUCACCUCCACCACCUAGAGUCUCUUCCUCCUUAGCAAAUAUUGCUCUGUCCCCACCUCCCCGUUCCUCAUCAUUACACCAUAGGAUCAUUCCUCCCUGUGACAUUAAGACUACCGAGCCGUUGCCUACGGAGGAUACAUCAACUACUGACACGCCGAAAGAAAUUCUUGCUCCUUCACCGACAACCCCACCCUUCCCUUCCCCCCCUCCUCAUCCUUCCCCGUUGUCAGAACGUCGACCUGGGGCGCCACCACUAUCUCUACUUAUCCCUUCAAAUAGCAUUGCUCCCGAAAUCCAAUCAGCUCCACCACCAUCUUCUCUAACCUCUUUCUUCGACUCCAUCCAGUCACAACCAAAUGCUAUAGACGAUCUUGACUCGUCGGACGAGAGCGACGACGAUGAUGUUCGAGUAGAGAAUUCAAUCACUCAACAACGACCGCCAGCGUAUGUCAUGCGUACACGGACAACAUCUACUGGACGAAGCCAUAGCACCCAUAAAACACUCCUGAUGCGGCUUGGUAACCAUUCUACGCCAUACGUAUCUCGACCAUCACUACCAUUUGGAGCUGUAGAUUCCAGACAGCCUAUUGGUCAUAUCUCUCGGCCAUUGCCUUUCUUCGCCGAGAAAUUAUCACGAAAGAGCGGAGAAACUAAUCAUCCGACAUUAACGUCGUCCUUUGAUUUCUUUCGAUACACGCAGGAACACCCGGGUCCAUCUCAUGCAGAUUCUUUGUCUGGGAGAAAAAGCCUGCAGGGGCCGCCUGCUACUCUAAGUGAGAGUGACCAGGCGUGGCAGCACAAACAACGAGAUCAGGAAUCUCUGAGGCGCCUUGAUGGGUUGCUUAUACAGCACAUGGAGGCGGAGAAGGACCGGAUUAAACGUAUUGCAUCUAAUGUUCACGCAUCUACUGGUCAGGUUAAACCCUGA